CUCUAAUCCGUCAAAUUAAAGUAAAUCUUUAAUGGUCUUUUGUGCAAAUUCAUGUGUGUUAUUGUUCAUCACAUCAUAAGUGAUGAUUGACAUCAUUUUGACAUAAAUCGCAUGUUUAAAAUGACGGGUAUGAAGCGAGUGCACUGAAUGCACCCAAAAAAAUGAGUGCACCGAAGACGUCACCAUAUAUAUAUAUGGCUAUACUGCCUUUUGGUUUGUUAAAAUGAAAGAUUUUCGUACAUAAACCCGGCCUAGUCUAGGUUUUAUUUUUCUUUAUAGUUUCUCCUAUCAUUUAUACAAGCGAGUAAAUUUCGUUAUGAAUGCGGGGUUAAACAGAGACAAAAAGAAAUAUACAGAAAAAAAAUGAGAAAGUAUAAAUCUAUAGACAACAUAUAUCUCAAUGAAAUGCGUCGAUCAGAACUUUACUGUUAAACUACAACUCGCGAUUUUUUUCGAACUAACAAUUGAUAAUUAUAAUUUCGAUUGGUUAUUUUCUCGUUGUGUAUCAGUGUCUAAUGAUCCAUGAUUAUUAGUUGCCUGUGCAGCAAGUCACGGCGUUUUUCCGGUCCUGUCUCCAUUAAUUUCUCAUGCACGAGAAGGAAAAACCAUUAAUGUGACUGAAGUUGCAGUUCAUGUUCUUCCCCUUCCAGCAAGAAAAAGAAACUGCUGCAAAUUGCAAUGCCACCCCCAAUAAAUGAUGAAUGAAAUACAAGUAUAUGGAUGUUGACUCAAAACUUUCCACCCAAAAAAGAUCAUGGUCUUAGUGUUUUAUUCUUAAUUUUCUUCAAAGAUGUAAUUUAGAAGUUAGUUUCCUAUAUCGAAUCGAAUAUAUAUAAUGUGAUUCUGCCAUUGGUCACGUGAAAUUUAUAAAUAUUGAAUAAAAAUGUACCGAAUUAACAUUUAAACCAACAAAAAUGGACAGAAUCUAUAAUUAAUUCGAUCAUCAAUUCUAUAAUGUAUUUCACUAUUCGGCCGCUAUUUUCAUGAGUUGGAUCUAAUUCACACCAGACCAAAUCGUCGCACUCUCGUUGUUGGCUUAAGAUAGGGUUAGUAACCAAUUGUUACUAAUCUAUUAGUAACUAAAUAUGGAUCUUUAGAUUUAAUUAAGUGAGUCCAGCAAAUUCAGAUCUAAAAGUUGUCAAUUAAAGACAUUUUAUUUUUCCUAGUUUUCUUUAUCGGUUCUUAUCUUCUUCGUUCUAACUCGGAUUUUAAUUUUUUUUUUUUUGCACAGAUGAAACGAGUUCGUUGUGAUCUACAAAAUGAGAUCAAUUUUCAUUAUAUUUCGAGAAAUUUUCGGUUUACCAACUACAUACCAUAUGGUAACUUCUUCGUUUUUAAGUCGUUUUGGAAAAUGUUUGCUCAGAAGGAACGAGUUCAUCAUGAUCUAUUGGAUCUAUAAAUUUUGGGGUGAAAAAAAACACGAGAUAAAAAAUUACCAUACUUUACCACUAUGGUAUGUGGGUGGUAACUUGUAGUAAACAAUGAUGAAAGUUGUAAAUGACAGUUAAUAUACUUAUACUAUCAUGUAUUCAACCUUCUUACCAUAUUGGUAUAUUCAUACUAUCAUGGUACGCUUUCUUACCAUAUGGUAUUAAAUUGGAGCAUACCAUAUGGUAAUGUCUGGUAAAAAAUUAUUCAAUUUUUUUUGUACUAAAAAUAUAUCAAAUUGUAUAUCAUUUCAAAAAGCACAUUUAAUCUGAUUUAUCUGUGCAAAAAAAUUAAAUUUCGACUUAAAACGAGAGACAAAUCGUCCGUUAAUGAUUAAAAGUGAAAAGAUAAAAGACUUUUCAGGAGAGAUGAUACUCAUGUAAUGUUGAUGUGGACAGUUACUCAUGGUUACUGAUCGUAGAGUUACUGACCUCAUCCGCUCCCUUAUUGUUUCUUUUUUCUCAAGGAAAAGAAAUACUAAAUUGACAGGUCACCAACCCAAAAAAUACAUGGAAAAGCCAAAAAAAAUAGAAGAAGGAAAAGAAAUGCCAAGUCAGAUAAUGCACCCACGUGAUAGAUACGAAACCAACGGCCAAGAUCAUCCGCCACCACCAUCCGACGGCUCGGUCCCCGUCCCUUCUCAGAAGACACUUAUCGAGAAACAACGGCAGAGAAUCAGCCACGUCCCCACCUCCACCCCGCGACAAAUCCACCUUCCUUAUUUUUAAACCGCCCCCUCUUCACCCGCAAUUUUUUUUUUUAUUACUACUUAUCAUCUCCUCCCUCAAUUCCGAUUCCUUCAAAAGCUCGAGAUCGGAGACUCGGCGUUUUGUCAUCCCACUCUUUCCAUUUUUACAUUAGCUCCGAUUCUGGUUCUGUUUUUGGGGUUGCUAUGGGCGACUCGGACAACGACUCGGGCGGGCACCCCAACGCCGGCGGCGGCGAGAUGGCGUCGCCGAGGGAGCAGGACAGGUUCCUCCCCAUCGCCAACGUCAGCAGGAUCAUGAAGCGGGCCCUCCCCGCCAACGCCAAGAUCUCCAAGGACGCCAAGGAGACGGUGCAGGAGUGCGUGUCGGAGUUCAUCAGCUUCAUCACCGGCGAGGCCUCCGACAAGUGCCAGCGGGAGCGCCGGAAGACCAUCAACGGCGACGACCUGCUGUGGGCCAUGACCACGCUCGGGUUCGAGGACUACGUGGAGCCGCUGAAGGGCUACCUCCAGCGGUUCCGGGAGCUGGAGGGGGAGAAGGCGACCGUUGUGGCGGGGCGUGAGAGGGACGCGCCGGGAGGCGGCGAUGGGGAUGGUGGGUUUGGGCUGGGUGGGUUUCAAGGGUAUGGGCCCGGGCCCGGGCCCGGCGGGAGUGGUGGUAGCGGUGGUGGUGGUGGGUUUUAUAAUAAUAAUAAUAGUGGGGCGGCGAUAAUGGGUCAUGGUGGUGGUGGUGGUGGUCCUGUGUAUAGUGGGCCGGGAGUCGGCUUGGGUAGGCCCAGGUAGAUUAAUGUGUGGGCCCAUGGCCCGGUUGAGCCCAAAAAGUAUGUUGUCAUUCUCAGAUCCUCGAUCAAGGCGGGAAACGGAAUCUUUUAUCAACUAGGAACGGACGGCGUUGGUGGAGGGAGACACGUGUAGCGAUCUGGGCGUUUCUGGGUUUAGUGAUUGUUCAUAUUUUUCGGGCGUUUCCUUCCCUCUCCCUCCCUGCACCUUUUUCUGUGUUAGUGGAGUUUUUACCACCAUUAUUAUUUCAUGUACAUGUAAUUGUUUUUUUUUAUGAUAUGUACAUGUACUGUUUGAGUCUAAUUAUGAGUUGUUAGGGCCAGCUCGCUUGCAACUUGGCCACUUGGGGGAAUCUUGGAAAUAAACCUCUCUAAUAAGUAAUAUCUACACCGUUUGGGAUAAAAAAAAGAAAGGAACAGAGUUUCAAUCAUUUGAGAGGGAAUGUGGAUGAUUCUUUACUUUCCUCUUCAUUGAUCAACGUGGAAGAGAGAAGGAUAAGGUCAAGAAUACAAUGCUGAUGGGCAUCUAGUCCGGGAAACCUAUUCCGAACCUAGUUCAAACAGAUUGAAUCAUAUCUAACCAUUCAUAUGAACUCUUUGAACUCAACUUGUUAGUACUGUCUACAGAUGAUUAAACCAAAUAACCGAUAAACUGACUGAACAAAUCGAACUCUCACUCUUCCCAGCCAGACAGUCAAAGUAAGUCCACCCAAAUAUACCCAACUGACCAACUCUCUCAGCCCAAGUAUCAAUCCAUGGUGCCAAGUUCACUCACUCACCCACUGCCUGGCCUGGCCUGGCCCAGAGGCCCCCAAAAAACGAGGCGUGCCUUUCCGUAGGGUAAAAUGCAUUGGCUGCCACUUAAGUAUAACACAUGUUGCACACUAACCAUCUAACUUGUUUUUGUUGCAACUAAACCAUAUAAACAAAAUUCUUGUUGGACCAUCAAAAUUUUCGUCCAUAAACUUAACAACGGAUACCAAAUGGAAAUUAUUGUUCUACCAUUUCGGAGAAAUUAUUGACCGCCACAUCCGCGGAUUGUCUCUUACACUCUCAAAUGGCAAGCGAAAGCUGACUCCUCUCAUUAGUCCUCCCCUGAAAAUCAUGCCUCCAACUCCAAUGGUGCUAGUCUCGUUCGGCAACGCCAUGGACGAAUUAGAUUCAAGGUUCAGUUAGAAAGAAAGAAGAAGAAAGCAACUUCUUUUAUUGACCGACUUAUUCAUCUAUUUUGACAUAAUCCUCUAAUGCUAGUCGCAUAGUCGGGACACAUGGCAGUUAGUAGUGUCAAAAUUACUUAAAAUUUUGUGACAUUUAAGUGUACAUUAUCUUUAGACAUUCAUUAAAGUAGAUGAAUUCAAUAUGUGCAUUCAUAUAUUUUUCAAGUGAAUGUUGGAUAUUCAGCCAAACCAAAUGUUAAUGAGUAUUGGGUAGGACGGUCAACCACUUGCUCUAUUACCGAACCACACUUGGUUCAAGCGGGCGAACUUUUCACUAUGUUCAUGAAAAGGGGGAGAAAAAUAGGGAGGGAUGAAAAAUUUGAGGAUAGUGAAAUAAUGAGGGGGAAAUAAUGUUCAUAUUUGAAAGGUAAAAAGAGACAUAAUAAGUGUAACGGUUGUUUUCACUCUAAGGGUUCGUUUGUUUCAUGGAUUUAUAAACGAGGGUUUUGUAAUUUAGAAACCCAAGGAUUUAUCAAGGAUUUGAGGCAUCAUGGAUUUGUAACAAUCUUUUGUUUGUUGGGAUGUUUUUAUCAGGGAUUUAAAGGUGUGGGAUUUACUACUUGAAGUCAAAAAUUACAUUACUGCCCUUUUCUAUAUGUUUGACAUGUUUAUGAUAUGUACACAAAACAAGGACAAAACUUCAAAAUUACCUUACUAUCAUUUUCUAUAUGUUUGACAUGUUUAUGAUAUGUACACAAAACAAGGACAACACAUACUAAUAAGCAUAAUGUUGCCACAUGGACAAUAAUAAUAAACGAGAAAAUUCCGU